AUGGAAGAAGCCGCUUUUUCCAUGGUGCGCCAUCGCCAGGGCAGAUCUUCCAGUGCCGGCGAGCUGCUCUAUCUGCCCAUCAAAGACACCAACACGCAUGUGAUUCUUCCAGCAGCUCCGCCCGCGGAUCUGGCGGUGUCUCCAUCUCGGCAGGCUGGGCAGGCGGCCGGCUCACGCGAACCUGGUGCUCCGGGGCCCUCUGUGUUUGAAGACGAGUCGGAGUGUCGGUUGAUCGGCGAGAUGCUCAAGCGUGAAGUCUGUGUGCUGCACCACUGGCUGGACUGCGCGCUUCACUUCCAUGCGAACCAUAACGCCUCUUCCUUCCUCUCGAUUCUCCAAGAUGCCGACUACUGCGCCAACACCGUACUGUACUCGAACAACGACAUAUCGAACCAGCCGCUGACGGAGCUGCCACCCGCACCAAGUCCCGCCUCGCGGCUUCAUCGUGGCUCCCUCCAGUCCUCCGGCGAGGGCACAGACGCGAAAGACGAAGUCCGGGAGCCUGAAGGCGACCGCGCAGCAUGGGACGGAGACUGGCGCGUCCUCGUGGACGCGGCCAUGGCGGCCCACCACACGCAUGCAGCGCUGAGGGCGCGCGACCAAGUCACCCGCCACGAGGAACUCCUCAAGAGUGAAGAGUGGAGACAGAAAUCCGAGGCGGCUGCGGGGCUGCCUGAGGCCUCGCGCAAGAAGGGAGGGGGCGUCGACGUCCCGCUCCUCAUGCGUAAAGACCCGAACCUUCUCUCGGUCAACAGCGGGGCGUUCCUGAAGAUCGCGAAGGCCCUCCUUCUCAACGUUAACGCCGCAAACCCACCCUCUGGCAACCCGGCAGGCUUGACCCCCGCCCCAGGCUCGGGUGAGGCUUCUCGAGGAGUGCCCGGAUCUCUGGGAUCUACAAGAAGGUUGGGGACUCCGACGCCGUCCGGAUCUGGGGCGAAGGACGGCACCCGGGGGCCUCAGGUGGCCUAUGCUGGGUUGCAGCAGGAGCAGGGAAUGCUCCAGCGACAGAGUGCAGCGGAGGUGCGAGGUGCCGAGGAGCUCUUUCGCCUCGCGGCUGUCCACACGCCGCUGCAUGCAGCGCCGCUUCUCGGGCUUGCGAGCUGCGCAGUCUACGAGCGCCGGUGGGAAGAUGCACUUGUGUACUACUGUCGCUUGAUCGCGUACUCGCCAGUGCCUCCGGUUGAGGCUGCUUGUGUUUCGGACCCCAUCAUGGCGAAAAUCCUCGCGUCUUCCGGAGCAUCUGAUUCCCCUACAGCGGAGGCAGCCCACUCCGGAAAGGGUACCGCGGGCUUCUGUCCCCGACGAUACGGGGCAGAUCUCCGCUUCGCGGCAGGCAUGUGUUUUCUGCGUUUGUCUCGACACGCUGAAGCUCGCCGGGCCUUCCAGCGAGCGGCCUCAAUCGACCCUACCCACCAAGGAGCACUGUGUGGCCUGGCGCUGCUUCUUCCCGCGGGCGGGUCCCAGCACGAGGAUCAGCAGCAGCUGCUUCUGGCCGCACACCGCUGCUCGCCCAGUGACGCCUCCGUUCUCCUCCAGCUCGCCGCACGCUCUCUCCUUGGCGGAGACCUGCGCCAGGCUGAGGGCCUCCUUCGCGCCGCCCAACCCCCGCCAUUCUCCCUCGACCUCCUCGCCGAACAGCGCUACCUCAACGGCUGGCUGCUCCAGCUUCAGGGCCAGACCUGGCGAGCCGUAGCGGAGCUACAGCGCGCGCAACAGCUGCGGCCGCAGCAUCCGGCGACGGUCUUUCGACUUGCGCAGUGUCUCCUUUUGCUUGGCGGCGUGGACCGCAUCAAAGAGGCACAGGCCCUUCUCGAGAGUUUGUUGCGCAUGCUGCCGCAGAACUUCGAAGUUCACCGCCUCAUGGGCUUCGCACUGCUCGCCGAGGCCGAGCAAAGUGGCCUGUGGGUCGAAGAGGUCGAGCGGGGGAAGGAGACAGGCAAGGGGGGAGACGGCGGGAAAGGGGACGCAGGGGGCGCAGGUCUUGCGGCGUGCUUAAGGCUUUACCAGCGCGCGCGGCAGGAGCUGAAGAAGGCCGCGGAAGCGAACGAAGAGGACCCCGCCACCUGGAUGCUUCUCGCUCGGUGCUACGAAGCCAUGCUUGUCACCGCUCAAGACCCGCGGUUUCACAGGCCCUGCUUAGAGGCGUACGAGAAAAUCCUUCUCAUCGCUCUGAAACAGCAGCGGAUAUCAAAGGGGAAAGUUCACAAAGGGCAGGAACAGGAUGGAGGCGAGAAGAAUCUGUCACCGUCGUUACACGCGGGUCAGGCAGAUAGUGUGGAAGACGAUGAGGCAUCAAACACGGCCAGUGUAGAAGAGGUGCUCACAGGGCGCGUGGCCAUGCCAGAGGGUCUCCCUCUCGAGCUCCUGAACAACAUGGCAGUGCUUUAUCUGGUUGACAGUCGCCCUCAAAAGGCUCAGCUUCUUUUGACUCGCGUCUUGGAUCAACUGUCGUCGGCGAGUCGAGAGAGCCGCGGUACUCGGAGUGUGGAGAAGAGCGGCGACACCCCAGGCACGGAUGGGAAGGCGGCUGAGGGUGACCAACGGAUUGGUGACGCACAAGCGGACGGCGAGAAGCCGAGCAGAACUGGAAGUAGCUCUGUGUCUGCUUCGGGCUCUGAUGCUCGAGGCUCUGCGUACGCAGUUGCCUCCACGCUGGCGCUCAGUCAACUCGUGGCCUUCAACCUCUCUCUUGUUCUAACAUCAAUCGGGGCCUACAGCUCCGCCAGCGGCUAUCUGAAGGAGUUGUGUGGAUCUUCUGCGUCUGGAACCGCAGGACAGAAAUCCCUAAAAACCACUCUCUCUGUCCCAUCCGCGUGGCUUCUUCGCGCCCGUCUCGCCGCGGAGCGUGGAGACAGCCUCGCAGCCAAGCGGCUCUGUGAGGCAGCGAAGGCCGCGGGCGUCUCCGCGCUUAGCGCAUCUGUUCCCUCGGCCCAGCGUUCUGGCGGAGCCUCGCCAGAUGCGUCGCUGACUCUGGCUGAGAUCUUUGUAGGCUGCGGUAAGAUCGAGGCGGCGCUCGCUUCCGCCGUGCGCGUCGCCGGACUGAAGAACCGCGGCGGAGAACGCGACCCUUUCGCUCUGACCUUCGUUGCCGUGCUUCAGCGCCUGAAGGCCAAGCGCCUACUUCAACAGCAAAGCAUUGAAAAGGCGAAUGCGGCUCUGGCGGAGUCCCGCUAUUUCUUCACUCUUUCGCUCCAGGCGUCCCCCAGCAACUGCCACGCGGCAAACGGCCUGGCGGUCCUCCUAGCUGAGGAGAAUUUGACGAAAGCCGCCCUGGCCAUGCUGAGGCAUCUUCUCGAGUGCUCGGGAUGCAAUCCGGAGAUGAAGGCGACGAUUCACGCGAACUGUGGCCUUUUGCUCGCGGCUCUUGCUUUGACGGAACGGCCUGACAUCCGCCUCACGGAGGAUGUCUCCAAGGCGGACCACCAGAAACUCCAUCGUGCAUUCCGGCACCUGAUGAUUGCGCUGGAAGCAGCUCCCAUGCAAAAAGAUCUCUAUCUUCUCAUGGGGCGUCUGCUGUACGAUUGCAUGAAAUUCGACGCGGCAGUUCUCCUCCUCCAGGCAGCGAUGCAGCGGUGGCCGAAUGACCUGCGAAUCGCGUACAACUUGGCGCUGUGCAUGGACGCGCGAGUGUGCAGCGACCUGCGCAUGCGAGAAAAAAUGCAGGACCCGCAAGUGAUGAGAGAGCUGCUCUGCAUGUGUCAGGGGAUCGUGCAAAUCCUCACGCGUCUGAUGUACGCCAAGCGUAGUUGGGGCCAUCUGGAUCCUCACACUGUGAAACAAGUUCGCCACGGGCUAUUGCCGCCAAGUGCCUUGGAGAGUCUUGAGCGGAACGCAGCGCCGCUUGAUGGGAGGGUGGCGAUCGCACCAGAGGGGGCUGAGGAGCUACCGAGUCUCCAGCAACUCGAGACGCUUUUGAUGAAGAGCAGGGAUAAGAUUUUGCCUCAUUUGAAGAAGAGCUUGCCGCUCAUUGAACAGAACUGGAAAGAACAACAGGAGAGGCGUGAGGCACAACGUCGCGAUCAGGAAGAACUAAGGCGUUCCGCCCUAGAGAAGAAACACCAGAAAAUGUUGCAAGAAGAGGCAGAACAAGAGAGACAGCUUGAGAUGGCCGAGCGCCUGAUGUGGGAGGCCAAGGAGAUUGCGGCUACUCUCCCGCUGAAGCGAGAGGAAGAGGAUGCUGGUGCUGGGGGCAAGAAGCGAGGAGGCAAGGCGAGUGCAGGCGAAAAGCGGAGAGGAAAAUCGCAGGAAGACCGCGACCGCGACUUUUUGGACGACGAUGAGGAAGACGAGGAUCACGUGGAGCCCGACGACGAAGGUGGGCACCGCGAGGGUGGAAAGCGAAAGAAGAAGAAGCGCCAGCGGACCGAAGAACGUGAAGGAGAGGUCGAGGACGACGACAAGUUGGAUCGAAAGAAGAGACGUCACCGCGAGAAGGAAGAAAAGAAGAAGAAGAAGAAACUCAAGAAGCAGAAGAAGGAGAAGAAGAAGCGCCGGCAUCGGGAAGACGAAGAGGAACCACGCUCCGAAGGAGAGGCAGUCGAGAGACCCGACGAGGGAGGCGAAGGAGAGGCGGCAGAGGGGAGUCAGAAGGUGGCGGAACAUGAGACAGACUAUGAGGCGGAAAUCGGUGAGGCAGGAGAAGAGGACGUCCAAAGAGAGGAUUCAUUCUCUGGUCCUCAGGACUCUCGAACUGCACAGGAGAAGGGCGACGCAAGAGAAGCCACAGGUGACGUGGAGGCUUCACAGGAAGCAGACGCGUCACCUUACAGGGAAGACCUCCCACCAGCUUCUGAGGGGGAGGCGUUGCCGGAGGAAGAGGAAGAGCUGCGAGACGGCGAGUACGAAGUUCAGGAUGAACAGGACGUUAAGAGCGACGAGGGUAAGACAAAGAAGGCGAAGAAACACAAGAAAGACAAGAAAAAGCGAAAGAGAGAGAAGGAGAAGAAGAAGAAGAAGCACCGCCACGCAGACGGCAGUGACUACGACCAUGACUUCGAAGCAACUAACGCAGAGUUCGAAGGGAACGAAGAAGACAAUUAUGAGAGCGACGGCGAAGAACACAAAAAGAGACGUAUCAUUGAUGAAGAAGAGUAG